AUGUCCACUGAAAUUGUGGAAGGGAAGCCCAAUAAUCUGGGGGAGAGAGGAAGAGCUCGAAGCUACACUUUCCUCAGGGUUUUCCAGCCAAUGUUUAACCGCAGUAUUUUCACUUCUGCAGUCUCUCCUGCCGCAGAACGCAUCCGAUUCAUCUUGGGAGAGGAAGAUGACAGUCCAGCGCCGCCUCAGCUCUUCACUGAACUGGAUGAGCUGCUGGCUGUGGAUGGACAGGAGAUGGAAUGGAAGGAGACAGCAAGGUGGAUUAAGUUUGAAGAAAAAGUGGAGCAGGGUGGGGAACGAUGGAGCAAACCCCAUGUGGCCACGCUGUCCCUGCACAGCUUGUUCGAGCUGAGGACCUGUAUGGAGAAAGGAUCCAUCAUGCUUGACCGGGAGGCAUCUUCUCUCCCACAGCUGGUGGAGAUGAUUGCUGACCACCAGAUUGAGACAGGCCUAUUGAAGCCUGACCUUAAGGAUAAGGUCACAUACACUUUGCUCCGGAAACACCGGCAUCAAACCAAGAAGUCCAAUCUUCGGUCCCUGGCUGACAUCGGGAAGACUGUCUCCAGUGCAAGUAGGAUGUUCACCAACCCUGAUAAUGCCCGCAGCCCGCUUGAGAACUCAGUGCCCUGCCUAGCAAACCGCACCUUGGAUGAUGACCCCCGAGUGCGGCGCACUCCCAGCGUGGGAUGGCUCAGUAGCCCAGCCAUGACCCAUAGGAAUCUGACAUCCUCCAGUCUGAAUGACAUUUCUGAUAAACCGGAGAAGGACCAGCUGAAGAAUAAAUUUAUGAAGAAACUGCCACGUGAUGCAGAAGCUUCCAAUGUGCUCGUUGGGGAGGUUGACUUCUUGGAUACUCCCUUCAUUGCCUUUGUUCGGCUACAGCAGGCUGUCAUGCUGGGUGCUCUGACUGAGGUCCCUGUGCCCACCAGGUUCUUGUUCAUUCUCUUAGGUCCAAAGGGGAAAGCCAAGUCCUACCAUGAGAUUGGAAGAGCCAUUGCCACCUUGAUGUCUGAUGAGGUGUUCCAUGACAUUGCUUACAAAGCAAAAGAUAGGCACGACCUGAUUGCUGGCAUUGAUGAGUUCCUAGACGAAGUCAUUGUCCUUCCACCUGGGGAAUGGGAUCCAGCAAUCAGGAUAGAACCUCCAAAGAGUCUACCAUCAUCUGACAAAAGAAAGAAUAUGUACUCCGGUGGAGAGAACGUUCAGAUGAAUGGGGACACACCUCAUGAUGGAGGACAUGGAGGAGGAGGACAUGGUGACUGUGAAGAACUACAGAGAACUGGCCGGUUCUGUGGUGGAUUAAUUAAGGACAUAAAGAGGAAAGCACCAUUUUUUGCCAGUGACUUUUAUGAUGCUUUAAAUAUUCAGGCUCUUUCGGCAAUUCUCUUCAUUUAUCUGGCAACGGUAACCAACGCCAUCACUUUUGGAGGACUGCUCGGGGAUGCCACUGACAACAUGCAGGGUGUGUUGGAGAGUUUCCUGGGUACUGCUGUCUCUGGAGCCAUCUUUUGCCUUUUUGCUGGUCAACCUCUCACCAUUUUGAGCAGCACAGGACCUGUUUUGGUAUUUGAAAGGCUUCUGUUUAAUUUCAGCAAGGACCAUAAUUUUGACUACUUGGAGUUUCGUCUUUGGAUCGGCCUGUGGUCGGCCUUCUUGUGUCUCAUUCUGGUGGCCACUGAUGCCAGCUUCCUGGUCCAGUACUUCACUCGUUUCACGGAAGAAGGUUUCUCCUCUCUGAUCAGCUUCAUCUUCAUCUAUGAUGCUUUCAAGAAGAUGAUCAAGCUAGCGGAUUACUAUCCUAUCAACUCCAACUUCAAAGUGGGGUACAACACACAGUUCUCCUGCGCUUGCCUGCCGCCCGACCCAGUUAAUCUCUCAGUAUCUAAUGAUACUACACUAGCCCCAGAGGACCUGCCAACAGUUGCCUCUACUGACAUGUACCACAAUGCUACCUUUGACUGGGCCUAUUUGUCGAAGAAGGAGUGUUUGAAAUACGGAGGCAAGCUUGUGGGAAACAACUGUGAUUUUGUUCCUGAUAUCACACUCAUGUCCUUCAUCCUGUUCCUGGGCACUUACACCUCUUCAAUGGCUAUGAAAAAAUUCAAAACUAGUCGUUAUUUUCCAACAACAGCAAGAAAACUGAUCAGUGACUUUGCCAUUAUCUUGUCCAUCCUUGUGUUCUGUGUAAUAGAUGCCCUAGUAGGUGUGGACACUCCAAAACUAAUUGUGCCAAGCGAGUUCAAGCCAACAAGUCCUAACCGGGGUUGGUUUGUCCCACCAUUUGGAGGAAACCCCUGGUGGGUGUGCCUUGCUGCUGCUAUCCCGGCUUUGUUAGUCACCAUUCUGAUUUUCAUGGACCAGCAAAUUACAGCUGUGAUUGUAAACAGGAAAGAACAUAAGCUCAAGAAGGGAGCUGGGUAUCACCUGGACCUGUUUUGGGUUGCCAUCCUCAUGGUGGUGUGUUCCUUCAUGGCUCUUCCCUGGUAUGUGGCUGCUACUGUCAUCUCCAUUGCUCACAUCGACAGUCUGAAGAUGGAGACAGAGACUUCUGCACCUGGAGAACAACCAAAGUUUCUAGGAGUGAGGGAACAAAGAGUCACUGGAACCCUUGUAUUUAUUCUGACUGGCCUGUCCGUCUUCAUGGCUCCCAUCUUGAAGUUUAUUUCCAUGCCCGUUCUCUAUGGCGUGUUCCUGUAUAUGGGGGUGGCCUCACUUAACGGUGUGCAGUUCAUGGACCGUCUCAAGCUGCUUCUGAUGCCCCUGAAGCAUCAGCCUGACUUCAUCUACCUGCGCCACGUCCCCCUGCGUCGAGUUCAUCUCUUCACCUUCCUGCAGGUGUUGUGCCUGGCUCUGCUCUGGAUCCUCAAGUCAACAGUGGCUGCUAUUAUUUUCCCAGUCAUG